AACAGAGUGCUGCUGGGUGCCCCCUGGGGACCGUCUCAGGGUUUUGCUGCCUUCUCACCCCUGGGUGCAGUUUUAACACCUUUGGUACCUUUUCCAUGGAGGGGACCGGUGACUUAGGCCACUGACUUAGGUUAAAGUCCUACCGCCAGUAAAGGAGUGAUCCAAGCAUGAUCCGGGAAGGAAGGGACCAUGGGUCAGGGUCACAUGUGCCAGUUGCCGGGCUGUGUCCAGAGGCGAUAAAGCACGUAGUAAAUUGAUGGGCAGCGGGUUAGAUUCAUGAAAGCAACAUGCGAGGCUUCAAGACGUAGCAUGGAGGGAGUACAAACUGCAGCAGUACAGUUAUGAACAGCACCGUCGGCAUUUCUUGACUCAGAAAAGGGUCUACAGUAAAAUGGUGAUCUCGGUCGUGAUUGGUGCUCUGCUUCUAAAAAGGGAAUGGCUGGUUUCUUUUCCUUCCGUCUGUUAGCAGGUGAUGCAAACUCAUUGACUUCCCCGUUAUGAUUCGCUCUUCAUGAUUUAAUACAUUGGUGUCACAGCCAUCUGCGCUUGUAGCAAGAUGUGUGAAGAUACUGGAGACAGGUGGCAUGUUGGAGAGAAAUGCCUUGCACCAUUUCCUGGAAGUGAGAAACUUUGCGAAGCCACAAUAAAGUCUAUUGAAAAAGAUAAGAAUGGAAAGUCAUUUGCAUUAGUAUCAUUUUUGGACUCUGAAGAAAAGAGAAUAGUAAUAACGAAACUCUGUAAAGUCAAAGCUGAUCGCUGGAAAAGCUUAAUAUUUGAUGAUGAAGAUCUGGAAAAGCCUUAUUUUCCUGACCGAAGGCUUCCAUCACCUGCAGUUGCUUUUGAGUUAUCUGAAAAUGGAGACUGUAUCCCUUAUACAAUUAAUAGAUACCUGCGUGAUUACCAAAGGGAAGGGGUCCAGUUUCUAUAUGGACACUAUGCUCAUAAAAGAGGGUGUAUUCUUGGCGAUGAUAUGGGUCUUGGAAAAACAAUUCAGGUCAUUUCAUUUCUGGCUGCGGUGCUGAACAAAAAGGGGACACGCAAAGAUAUCGAAAACAACAUGCCGGAGUUCUUACUGAGGACUGUAAAAAAAGAGCGAAAAUGUGUCCCUAAAAAGACUUUCCUGAUUGUGGCGCCACUUUCUGUGCUGUAUAACUGGAGGGAUGAAUUGGACACAUGGGGUUAUUUCAGGAUUGGUGUUUUACAUGGCAGUCAAAAGGACAAUGAACUGACUCGUAUUAAACAGGGGAAGUGUGAAGUUGUACUUACAACAUAUGAAACGCUUCGUCUCUGUUUGGAUGAACUUAACAGUGUAGAGUGGUCUGCUGUCAUUGUAGAUGAAGCGCAUAGAAUCAAGAAUCCAAAGGCUCAAAUAACUAAAACUAUGAAAGGCUUAAAAUGCAUUGUCCGCAUAGGUCUUACUGGAACCAUUCUUCAAAACAACAUGAAAGAACUUUGGUGUGUCAUGGACUGGGCUGUACCAGGACUUUUGGGUAGCAAAGUAUAUUUCAAGAAGAAAUUUUCUGAUCCAGUGGAGCACGGCCAGAGGCAUACUGCAACUAAAAGAGAGCUAGCAACAGGUCGUAAGGCCAUGCAGAAGCUAGCAGGAAAAAUGUCUGGCUGGUUCCUGAGACGUACUAAGGCUCUUAUUAGUGAUCAGUUACCAAAAAAGGAAGACAGAAUAGUGUACUGUUCCCUGACAGAAUUCCAGAAAGCAGUAUAUCAGGCUGUAUUGGAAACAGAAGAAGUAAACUUAAUACUACGAGCAUGGGCACCCUGCAGUUGCAAUAGUGGUCGUAAAAGAAAGAAUUGCUGUUACAAAACAAAUUCCCAUGGUGAAACUAUGAAGGCACUUUAUUUCAGUUAUCUGACAAUCCUUCGAAAGGUUGCUAAUCAUGCUGCCCUGUUACAGACAGAAAACACCAGUAAACAGCAGAAAACACAUAUCAAACGGGUUUGCAACCAGGUGUUUUCCAAGUUUCCUGAUUUUGUUCAGUUAAGCAAUGAUGCAGCCUUUGAAACUAUUUCUGAUCCAAAAUACAGUGGGAAAAUGAAGGUCCUUCAGCAGCUUUUAAAUCACUUCAGAAAAAACAGGGAUAAAGUUCUUCUCUUCUCCUUUUCAACCAAGUUGCUAGAUGUGCUGGAGCGAUACUGUAUGGCAUCUGGGCUAGAUUACCGAAGACUUGAUGGAAAUACAAAAUCGGAGGACCGGGUUAAGAUAGUAAGAGAGUUCAACAGCAUGCAAGAUAUUAAUAUUUGCCUUGUCUCUACAAUGGCCGGAGGUCUGGGUCUCAAUUUUGUUGGAGCCAAUGUUGUUAUAUUGUUUGAUCCAACAUGGAACCCAGCCAAUGAUCUACAAGCCAUUGACAGAGCCUAUAGGAUCGGUCAGUGCAGGGAAGUGAAAGUUUUCAGGUUAAUAUCCUUGGGCACUGUGGAGGAGAUGAUAUAUUUACGGCAAGUCUACAAACAGCAACUUCACUGUGUGGUAGUUGGAAGUGAAAAUGCUAAGCGAUAUUUUGAGGCCGUGCAAGGAUCAAAGGAACAUAAAGGAGAGCUUUUUGGGAUCCGUAACCUUUUCAAACUUCGGACCCACGGGUCCUGCCUUACAAAGGACAUCCUGGAGAGGGAGGGGAAAGUGGAAGCCGGAGUCAUGACAGCCACUACUUGGCUGAAGGAGGAGCCUCCAUCAUGUAGAUCAGAAAUGCAUGCAGAAUCAGGUUAUGAAGAAGAUAAAGAUCCUGUCAGACCUCGGGAACACUUGAUGAAAGACGAAUUUGAUUUUUCAAGUGAAGGUAGCAGUGAUGAAAUUAUGGGAAAUUCAAGGAAAAAACAAGACAAAAACAAUGCAAGUAACACAGAUCCACAGGGGCAACCUACGUUAAUGCAGUGCGGUUUCUCUAAGUUGUUAGAGAGAGAAAUUAAAACCACCCUGGAAAGAGAUCAUUCCAGUGGUUCUGACCAUUCAAGUUCUGACUGUCCGUCUGUGAGACAGAGAUUGAAUGUAAAUGGCAAGUGUGCUGGUCUUCAGAAAACUCAGAGUCAUAACCAUAUUUUAGGGCAGUGGAAAACCGCAAAGUCACGGAAUAGUAGCAAAAAACCAGAUAUACAGAGUUUGACUAUACCUGCAGAUUUGCCUGUUUUGUCAGCUUCUGAGGAUGAGAGGGACAUGGAAAGUAAAAAUAAGGAACAGUGCAUUUCAAACCAGGUUGCUAUAGUCAUGGACACUGAAGGCAGCUCAGAAGAGAGUGAUGAUAUCAUCUUUCCUUCCCAUGUUCCAGCUCAUCAGGCACCUGUUCCUACUAAAAGUGUUAAUAAAUAUGAGCCCCUUUCAGGAAAAUCUGAAGGGUCAGAUACCAAAAAUAACACCAUUCUUGCAUCUAAGGGAGACUGUCAGCAAUCUCUGAACCAUAAUACCUGGUCAACCUCCAGAAAAACCAACUUUUUGAAACAUGCCCAAGAGAUGACAACAGAUAUACAAGGUACAAGUGAUAUUAGUGAUGAGUCUGAUGAUAUUGAAAUGUUCCUACAGUCCAAGCCAAAAAAACUAAGACAUGUUAACUCGUUCAAGUGGAAAAAAAAGUGUAAUCUAAACAAGGGAUUUGGUAACUCUUCCAAAACCAUGCUGCAAGUAAAGACAACAGGCAAACUAGAAAAGGAAAGUGAUUCACAGACUAUAGAUGAAUUUUCAUCUUCUGAAGAUAAUUUACCAGUUGAAAAAGCUCACUUCACUAAGCAAAGCCAUAGGUGCAAAAUUCAGAGGUACAGAAUUCCUUUUGAAUCCAAAUCACCCUGUCAAAUUAAAGGUGCUUCUGUUACACUGGUGAAACCCAGUUGCUUCCAUAGCCCCAAGACCGCUGUAUGUAAGGAAGCAAGUGCCAGACAGGAGGAACAAGGCUCGCUGGACAGAUAUUUAGAUGGUGUUCAAGAAGUGGCUUAUAUUCAUUCAAACCAGAAUGUGGUUGGAUCAAGCAAGGCUGAGAAUCAUAUGAGUCGGUGGGCUGUGCGAGAUGUGUUUGAAUUGAAGCAAUUUUCCCAGCUCCCUGCUAAUGUACCAGUCUACAGUGCCAAGGAAGAUGAAAAAAGCCCAGAAGAAAAUCCAAAAGAAGCCACAUUGGUGAAGAAGAGCACUGAGAGAGGGCAGCAGAGAAGGCAACAGAUGGCUGGCAAGCAGUUUCACCUCUGUAUUACACAUCCCGUCAUUCAGAAAAAGAAAAAGCUACACAGAGUAGGUUCAACCACCUUCUUGAUUGGAAAGACCCCGACAGGAAUCCGUAGGAAACAAUUUGAGGAAAUGGUGUCCUACUUCAAUAUGGCUUCAGUGGAAGAACUUGCAGAACACAUUGCAAAAGCAACAUCAGAAAUACGACAGAAAAUGUUGAAAGAUUUUUAUGCAGCAAAGUACCCAGAGUUAGAGAACAUUUUUUCAAUUGAGGUUCCAGCGUGUGUAUCCAAGAGAUGUGAGGAAGAUGAGGUGUGUUCAGCCCAUUCCAGAAAGAGAAAGUCCACUAUUAAAUUUGGGAAAUCAUGGUCUAGUGCUUCAGCAGCUGAAGGUCCUCCCCAUGGGACUACAGAAAUAUGUAGCCAAAAAAGAAAUAAAGGAGAAGCAGAGCAAGUUCACAAUAACUCCUGCAUACAAGAUGAUGUGUGUCUUAAUGCCGAAUAUAAACAAUUGCCCACUGUCAUUACCCAAGAUAGCAUCAGUGGCAGAAACAGUCGGGCAUUCAAAGAUUUUAUGGCAUCUGGCUCAUUAAGCAGUAAAUCAGAAAUAAUUGAGGUGCUGUCUGCAAAUGCCACUUGCAGACAGCAAGACUCAGAGGGGACAGUGUCUCCGAGAAAAAGAUCCCUGUCUCAGUCAGAAAACGGUGAGAAACUCUUCUGCAAGAAAAACUCUUUUGUAGACUUACUGGGAGACACCUCUAUUCUCAGUGACCUCUUCAAAAGUGAUGGAAAUAGGCCUACACAGCUGCCAAGAAGAUUCCCUUCAGAGCCUGCAUCGAAAGCAAAAGAACGACCAAAAGACUUCUGGGAUAUGCUGAAUGAGGAGAAUGAUGAGAGCAUCGGGAAGCUGACAGAUGUGGCAGUCAUCGAGGAGCUGUGUGAGAGAGCGCCUCUUGUUGCUUUGACAAAAAAGGAAGAGGAAGCAUGUGAAAAUUCUCUUUGGAAAAAGAAUGAGAAUUUUCUGUGGAAAAAAUCUAAUGCAACUGAACCUGUGCCUGGCACAUCUCUCGAUGCAUAGAUAUGUACAUUUAUCUUGCAUCUUGGGCACCAAGCUAAUCAGUCGCAAAGUGAUUAAGAAUAUUCACUGGUAUUAGUAGCAUAAAUUAUCAGACAAUUUUCAGAUUUAUUGUGCUCCAGUCUUAGUGCCCUUGGGACAUAGUGUAAGAUAGUCCAAGAUAGUAUGUUUCUCUGUAAUGAACAAGGCAGAGAUUGCAAUAUGGUUUUAGUAAUUCAGUGUAUUUUUAAAACUUGAUCUUAUAAAUUUAGAAUCAUAAGGAAGUAGGGCUGGACUGGACCACCAGAGGUCAUCUAGUCCAACCCUGUCCUUGAGGCAGGAUCAUUUCUCUCUCAACCAUCCUAGGCCAGUUUUGUCUAGCCUUAUUAUGCAUGUACAGGGAAUAAAUGGAAGGAGUGGCAAGUUGCAGGACUAUUACAAUG